UAUAUGACAGCUGAAAAUUGUAAAGUUUGCGCGUUUGUUUACUGUUUAUAUUUUCAUUCGUAAAUCUUUUCGUAUAAACUACGGGGUUUUCCAAACGGCCCAAAUCAUCUUAGAAGAAUUGAGGUACCUUUGAAGGGUUUAGUUAAGUCUAGCUCAGAGCAAUUGAAUGGUAUCCAUUUCAGAGUCACAGCGUAGGAAAAUGAAGCACUACUGGUUCAAUAAGAGGUGCUGCGUUCCUGAAUGCCUCAACCUGUCCACCGAGGGCGAGGGCUGUUUCAAGGAAUAUUUCGAUUUGCCAGCAGAGCCUCAAGCUCGCCGAAAGUGGCUCUAUGCCAUUCUCACUGAGGAUGGAGAUGACUUGAAAGUCUGUGAAGACCACUUUAAAGAAGACGACGUCUUUCGCGACAAAAACAACCGGAAAAAACUAAGUGUGAAUUCAGUGCCUUCAAUGAAGCUUCCAACACGUAUCUGUGCGUGUUGUCUGGGCGCUGCAACACCAUCAGUUGGACCAACAGCGCCGCACCUGAAAGUUUGCAAAUGCAACACGCUAGCUGCGUUGAAGACGAUCCAAAAUCAUUCAAUUAAACGAACUCGCACUACUUGGACUGCCGAGGAAAAGCUUAUUCUCUUUAAAGCCAUAAAGAAUUAUGGGGACGUAAAAUUCCGGAGCCAUAACAUAAGAAUUAACUGGGCAAAUGUUGUUAAUCAUUGCAGAGCCAGUGGUUGUUUUGGAAAUGAAAAAGAGCUGAAAUAUGUGUGGCAGAACAUGCGAGCCAACGCUAUCAAAGUAUACAAAAACAACAUUUUUGGAUCCAAAUUAGAUCGGAAAGUGUCCAAAUUCCUUCAUGGCAUUGCGCCCAAAACACCCAAGCUCUCUAGCGAGACUGAAUGUGCAACAGUAAACAUGUAUGAGCUGGGCGAUAGCAAGCAGGAUUUGCAAAGUGAACCGGCACACCAACCUAUGCAAGAAAGUGCAUCUAAUGCAGCCCUUGAAUGCAGCACUGCAGCGACUGAUAUCAAGGAUGAAGAAGAACCUCACGACUGCUGCUCCGAGCAGGAAAGCGACGAAUACUACUCCAUAUCGGACGUGGAGGAACUUUUCCAAAUAAAAAUCCGGCCCAAUAAUGCCCAAGAGGUCAUAUCACUGCUUUCUUCAGAUGACGAGAAGUAGUUUCCCGAGUAAAUUUCUAUGAAAGUUAUAUACAUAUUCAAUAGUCGCUUAGUUGAUGUUUAAAGUUAAUUAUGUUGAUUUAACGUGUUCAUGUUUUGUUGGCCUAUUGCAAUAUAAAAAAAAUGUUACUAUCUAAGUGGAAAA